AAGAAGAUUGAGGUAUGGAUAUGGGAAUAGCUAAAACUUCUUCAUCUUCUACUUGUACAAUUCUUUUGAAGACUCUUCACAAUAAUUCUAUGUCCCAAGAUUAUCAUCAUCAAGGAGGAGUCUUCAGCUUCUCUAAUGGAUUCGACCGAUCAGAUUCUCCCAGUUUAAUAACUCAUCAGAAGCAAGAGCAUCAAAGGGUAGAAGAGAUGGACGAGGAAUCCUCAGUCGCCGGAGGUGGGAUUCCGGUCUAUGAAACUGCCGGAAUGUUAUCCGAGAUGUUUAAUUUCCCCGGAGGCAGCCGCGGAGGAAGAGAUCUCGACCACGGCCAAUCUUUCCGGUCCAAUAGGCAAUUGCUUGAGGAGCAACAUCAGAAUAUUCCGGCCUUGAAUGAUUCGGCCACCGCCACAGCUGCCGCCAUGCAGUUAUUUUUGAUGAAUCCACCGCCACCGCACCAGCAACAACCACCGUCUCCGUCAUCCACGAGUACCACAAGGAGCCACCACAAUUCGUCAACUCUUCACAUGUUACUUCCAAAUCCAUCCACCAACACAACUCAUCAUCAGAGCUACGAUAAUAAUAUGUCUAUGCAUCAACAGCUUCCACAUCAUCAUAAUCACCAACAGCUCACGUGGCAGUCUUCUUCCUCCGAUCAUCAUCACAACAGCCAAACCGAGAUCGGGACCAUCCACGUGGAAAACAGCGGCGGACAAGGCUUGUCCUUAUCUCUCUCAUCGUCUCUAGAAGCUGCUGCCAAAGCCGAAGAGUACAGAAACAUUUACUACGGAGCCAAUCCUUCUAACGCAUCGCCUCAUCAUCAGUAUAACCAAUUCAAGACUCUUCUUGCUAACUCUUCUCAACAUCAUCAAGUGUUAAACCAAUUCCGACCAUCUCCGACAGUUGCAGCGGCCUCUUCCUCGUCCAUCGGAGCUGUCAAUAUCUUAAGACACUCGAGGUACACAACGUCCGCGCAAGAGUUGUUGGAAGAGUUUUGUAGUGUUGGAAGAGGUUUUUUGAAGAAGAACAAACAAAAAAACAACUCAAACCCUAAUGCUAGCGGUGGCGACGGCGGUGGUGGAAGCUCUCCUUCGUCGGCCGGGGCAAUCAAGGAUCAUCCUACUUUAUCGGCGUCUGAUCGGAUUGAGCAUCAGAGAAGGAAAGUGAAGCUACUCACCAUGCUUGAAGAGGUGGACCGACGGUAUAACCAUUACUGCGAGCAAAUGCAGAUGGUCGUAAACUCUUUCGACAUAGUAAUGGGCCAAGGUGCGGCGUUGCCAUACACCGCAUUGGCUCAAAAAGCUAUGUCGAGGCAUUUUCGAUGUCUCAAAGAUGCGGUCGCGGCUCAGCUUAAGCAGAGCUGUGAACUUCUUGGGGACAAAGAUGGAGCAGGAAUGUCUUCUUCCGGAUUAACCAAAGGGGAAACACCGCGGUUGCGUUUACUAGAACAGAGUUUACGUCAACAACGUGCGUUUCACCAAAUGGGUAUGAUGGAACAAGAAGCGUGGCGGCCACAACGCGGUUUGCCUGAACGCUCAGUUAAUAUCCUUAGAGCUUGGCUCUUCGAGCAUUUCCUUCACCCGUAUCCAAGUGAUGCAGAUAAACACCUCUUGGCUCGACAGACUGGUUUAUCCAGAAAUCAGGUGUCAAAUUGGUUCAUUAAUGCUAGGGUUCGUUUAUGGAAACCAAUGGUUGAAGAAAUGUAUCAACAAGAAUCAAAAGAAAGAGAAAGAGAACGAGAAAGAGAUCAAGAAACAAAAAACAGUAACAACGACAAGAGCACAAAACCCAACGACAAUAAUGAAAGCAACUUCACUGCGGCUCGGACCACUUCAUCACAAACUCCAAUAACAACCGCACCAGACGCAGCAGCAGUAGCGACAGGCCACCGUCUAAGAUCCGACAUUAAUGCUUACGAAAACGACCCUUCAUCGCCUCUACUCCCUUCCUCUUACUCCAACGCCGCCGCCGCUUCUGCCGACUUGGGUUCUCGUUACGGUGGUGGCUCGGCAGCGUUUUCAGCGGUUGCCACGUGUCAACAAGGUGUUGGCGGGUUCGUUGAUGCUGACAUGGCUGGUGUUAGCGUUAUAAGGUUCGGGACUAACCCUACCGGUGACGUGUCACUCACGCUUGGUUUACGCCACGCUGGAAACAUGCCUGAUAAGGACCCUUCUUUUUGCGUUAGAGACUUUGGCGGUUUUUAAUUACAUUUGCUCUUCUUCUUUUCUUUUUUUUUCUUAAUCCAUUUAAUUAAUUAUAGUCUUCAUUUUUCAAUUUUACCUUUUUUCAAUGAAAAUUUCUAUUUAAUUAGCCCCUUAAGAGGAUAUAAAAUACUUCAAUUUAGUUAAAGCCCUCUUUCUUGUUUUU